AUGUCGCAGGCUGAAAGCAACCAAGACACAAAACUAGACCACGCCGUGUGGCGAAACUUACCCGAAGAUCUAAUUCUCAUAGUGCUGGCGAAACUUCGCUUUCUGUCUCUGGUGCAAUUGCGCUCGGUGUGCAAGAAAUGGAAUGAAUACAUCAUCAGGCGAGGGCAGGGUCUCAAUCCGGGCGAGUAUCAGGUGUCGGUGCCCGUGCCGGUAAAAUGCGAGCCCGGGAGGUUCUGCGCCAAGCAGCUGACCGUGUACAAUUCAAAGACGAGCAAAUGGGAGAAACUGUCGCUGGCCUUCACGGGCCGGAUGCCGGGGCGCGAGAUGUCGGGCUCCUACACUCUGGCUGCCACGGACGGAGGGCUGCUCUGCUUCCGCGACUCCACCUUCGCCAGCUUCGUGGUGUGCAACCCUCUGACCAAGCGCUGGAGGUUUCUGAUUCCGCCCAGCUCGUGCCUGCCGCCGUCGCCCAAACGCUGGGAGGUGUGCCCUUGGGACUGCCAGAACAAUGCGCGAGUGUCCGCGCUGUCGAGGCUCUCGGAUUACAUCCUCGUGGGCUUAAUCGUCGACCCGCAGAUCGGAACGUACAAGCUCGUGAUGGCUGGAAUUCAGCAGAAUAGCAAAACUCUGGUUUACAACUCGGCGCUGGACCUGUGGCACAUUGGAGCACCUGUGCUCCUGCCGCCUCCCCCUUUCAACCGACAGUUUCGCUGCGUGCAGUACAAUAGCAAAAGCGUGAGCCUGAAUGGAAAUCUGUACUGGCUUAUCUCGGAAGGACAUGAUUCGAUGAGCUCGGUGUCGGUGGUGAAGUACGAUUUGGACAAGGACUUUUGGCUGGCCACAAAUGCCGCAAAAUAUCCCCGAGGCAGCUUGGUGCGAAACUAUCGGGGAACUAUGUCUGUGAUGACUCUGGACAGAGCUCGCAUUCCCAGAUAUUGGGGAGGGCGCCAAUGGUUUCUCCAGGUGCACGAGACGGAGUCGAGGUUUUGCCUGAUAAGCAGACGAAUCUCCGAGUACUCCAUCUACAAGAUUGAGGGCAUGCCUAGGUUUUCCGCCGAGUACAACCAGGAGUACCACUGCUGUGUUGGUCAGGGAGACUUCAUCUUCAUCGUAUACAAGAUUCUUGCAGGCAACAGCCAACUGGGAUACAGAUUAGUGAACUUUGAUGCAUUUAUGAAGAAAUAUGAUGACUUACCUCAUUUGUGCAAUCCUCCGAGACAGGAUCAGUCACUGAAGUGGCCACCCAUGUACACCGAUAUGGUGGAAACGGAGACCUGGUGUGGUUUCAUACCUUCUCUGAGAGCCAUCGUGUAG